ACAGCCCCAGUCAGUUGUUAUCAGGACAGCUCAGUGUCGCCUCUGCCUCUGCUGCGAAACACACACACUCACGGACUAAUCUUAAAGAAAUCUCAGAAACAGUUGUCUUUCUUUUCCUGCAAAGGUAAACUCUCAGACUGAAGGAUUACUCUUCAAUAGUUAACACUGUUUGUUUUUUAAAUAUAUUUUUUCUGCUCCCGCAAAGUCACCAAGUUUCCUCCAGACCCCCUCGGGGAUCCGAGCCCAGAUGGACCUCAGCGGCGUCAUGUAUCUCCUGGUCAUGUGCGCUCUCAAUAAGCUGCUUGUGGCGACAAGCCUUGCAGAUGAUUACCAGGAGCAUCUGAACCAUUGGGGGGAAUAUCAGUCGACACGGAACCAAAUUGCCACGGCCCAAUUCGAAUGUUUCCAGAAGAUUUUGAAAGACUCGCACCGCAAAACAAAAAGAAUAGCAGGGCCCAUGUGCAACGCGACCUGGGAUGGGUGGCUGUGCUGGGACGAAACUGAAGCCGGAACCACAGAGCAGGGCUGUCCUGACUACUUCAAAGAUUUUGAUCCUCAUGCGAUGGCGUCCAAAGUGUGCUCAGAGACCGGUGAGUGGGGACGCCACCCCGAGAGCAACAGGACAUGGACAAACUUCACGAACUGCCAAGCCAACACAACACAUCACGGGACACAGGCGGCGAUGACUCACUUCUACUUGGUCAUGAUUGGUCACGGCCUGUCGCUGGUCUCUUUGCUCAUAUCAUUGGGAAUAUUCUUCCAUUUUAAGAGUCUGAGCUGCCAGAGGAUAACGCUCCACAAAAACCUCUUCUUCUCAUUUGUGUUGAACUCCAUCAUCACCGUAGUCUGGCUUACAACAGUGGUACAGAAACAGGGACACGCGUACAACGAUUCUGCAAGCUGCAAGCUGGUCAUGUUCAUCCACUUGUAUCUGCUGAGCUGUAACUACUUCUGGAUGCUGUGCGAGGGCAUCUACCUGCACACUCUGAUCGUUGUGGCUGUGUUUGCUGAAAAACAACAUCUCAUGUGGUAUUACCUGCUGGGCUGGGGUUUUCCACUGGUGCCCACGGUGAUACAUUCAAUAGCACGCCACUGCUACUACAACGACAAAUGUUGGGUCAGCUCAGAUACUUCCUUGCUGUACAUUAUCCAUGGCCCCAUCUGCGCUGCUUUAGUGGUGAAUCUGUUCUUCCUGCUGAACAUCGUUCGGGUUCUGAUCACCAAGCUGAGGGUGACGCACCAGGCCGAGUCCAGCCUCUACAUGAGGGCGGUGAGAGCCACCCUCAUCCUCAUCCCAUUGCUCGGCAUCCAGUUUGUCCUGCUGCCCUACAAGCCGCAGGAUCACUGGGUCUAUGAGAUCUACCUGUAUGUCAUGGAGAUCCUCAUGCACUACCAGGGUCUUCUGGUUUCUACAAUAUUCUGCUUCUUCAACGGGGAGGUCCAGAGUGUCCUGCGGAGACACUGGAACCAGCAGCGGAUGCAGUUUGCCGGCACAUUUGCCAACGCCGACUUCUUCCGCUCGGCGUCCUACGUGGCGUCGUCGCUCACCGAGGUCCACCGCUGCUACAGCAUCGAGAGCCACACCGAGCACAUGAACGGCAAGAGCUACUCGGACAUCUUCAGAUCGGACAGCCCGUUCGUGUGAAGCUGGCACGUUAGAGUCUUUGACUUCUCCCAAGAUGUCACCAGGAUUGAUUUCUUCCUGGAGUUUUACUACUGUUCAUGGCAACUGAGCACAAACACAUUUUUUUCUCCAUCUCCUAGCCACAAAAAACUCUUGUAUAUUUUACUUUUUCUUUUAAACAGUUUUCACAUGAUUAUCACCAGAACGCAAGGAGCUCGAGGCCAAAGCAAGUUUCUUUGUCAUUAUUUACAUCUCUUUGAAUAUUCAGAAGAGGAAGAGGCCAUGUAUCAACCAACACUGUAAAGCAUUAUCACGAGGAGUUAUUAAUGCUUUUUUGCAUCGUGUGGAAUAAUCUUGAAGGGACCUUGAUGAAGAAGAAGCUGUUCUGUUGAGCUGACUGAUACAAUCUUGCAAAGAGAGAGUUUUUUUAGUGAAUUUUGAUGAUAUUAAUGCAAUUUAGAAAUCGCCAGGUAUUGGUAAGGGUGUUGUGGAAAGUAUAUGCACAAAACAGCCUUGUCUUGAAAUCUGUAGAAAGCAUUUCAGGUUUUAUUUGUAGGCACAUAACGCUUCAUCAAUGGGCAGAGCCAGAGCCGUGUAGUUGCUGGGAGUUAGCCUAAUGGGAAGCUUGAAUAGCAAAGAAGGAAAUGGAAAGGCAAACGCUGUGUCUUUAAGAAAGUGAAAACCACAAAGUUGCAUGAUGUCUGUGGUGAAAAAUACACAAAAAAACAAGAAGAAACAAUCCGCUAGCUUGCUUUGCCAAAAGUCAUUCCGGCUUCAACUUUGGAAUUAAACUCAGAAUACAGGGCUAGGAGUAUUUAGGUAUGUUUUCCUAUACUAAAAAAAAACAAUGAAGUUCACAAUCAAAUGUCACAGACAGCCGACAGUGUUCAUCGUGUUAAUGCUCCGUUAGCCUCACUGUUUCUCAUGCUUUACAUCUGAUCCUUCCAAAUGCUGGAGAUAGUGUGAGAGUCACAAAG